UUUCUACUGCAUGACUUCCUACUCCUAUUAGGCUACUGAACCACUUCCUCUUCUUUACUCUCCCAAUUUGCUUCAGUUUCUUACUUCCUUUCUUCUCUCAUUAUUAUGUAUCCACCCUUUUAUAUGAAUCUAUUGUCCUUAAGGUUAUUUGGGUUUUCUCUAUAAACUUUUACUUUUGCCCGAAAGAGUUUCCUGUCUCCAACUUGAAUUGUGUUUGUGUACCAGCUAUUCUAAGUUAAACUAUUUACGUUCGUAAUGAACUUCACAAGUAAAGGCAUAGCCUGGAUCGAAAAGGUUGGGGCUAAGUUGGAAAAUCUGUGUUCGGAAGUUGACGCCAGAUCUCAGGAACAACUAGAUUAUGUCGAAAGCCAAUUGCAGAUAGCUGGUGCAAAUCUGAAACAAUUUUGUUCAGAGUUUAUUCAAGAAAUAUUCCCUGCAUCUUUGUCAGAUGCCAAGGAAGACGAGACCAGUAAUUUAUCUUCAGAAGAAAAUAUAAAGAAACAGCUUCUAGCUUCUGAGCUGUCAAACAUCAUUGUGGAAGAAGAUAAUAAGAAGGAACUUUCCCAUUCAAACUCGUCCUCCAUCGUGUUCCCUGCGGAUACUGCUGAAGGAGUGCAUAUUGAUUUUUCACUUCAGCCACAAGCAGAUAUGGUGAUGAAGAUGUCUGUUGAGGAUAAUUCGGAAAAGGCAUUCUCUUCUGGUAAAAGUUCAGGAGUAGUUGCUUUUACUGAGAGAACUUUAAACAUGACAUCACUACCUUAUGAGGGUGAUAACGGAGUUGAAGGUCAUGCUAAAUCUUCGAUAAUCGCAUCAGUCAAAUGCCAAGAAUCUGACCCUUCUAUGCAAGUGGGGAAAACCAUAGAUUUCACAUAUCUUAAAGCUGACAUGUCGAAUGUCCCAUCUUUAACUUGUUCACCUAACUCUACUGAAUCACAAGACUCUGCUUUUCCCGAUUUUGAUGAAAUAAAUUCUUGUGCAGAACUUCCAGAAAUAUCAAAUGGAGGAGAGUCUGUUGAUCAUCAUGUAAAUAAACCAGGCAUCGGCACUGUCCCUGAACUGGAAUUUGAUGGAAACUGUGUUCUGGUGGAUAAGGAUGAUUUGUCUUCGUGCUCAGAAUUCUAUGGAGCUCAUAUCUCUCACAAGAAAAACAUGACAAAGCUAGAAGUAAAACCUGGAAAUCAGAGAAACAACGACACAGCCAUUUAUGAGGAUCUCAGUGUAGAAUCAGAGCAAUCAAAUACAGAGAGUAAGCCAAAAUAUUCUCCAAUUCAGAAGCUUGAAUUGUCAGAAGAAGUCUUUUGCGACUCAGAUUGGGAGAUAAUCUAGACAAUCAUCCAGAUAAAUAAGCUUCAAAUGUAACUUCAGUAACAGUUUACAGAGAUUUAGUAAAUAAGCUCCGAACGAAGCUCUGGUAACUCUUAACCAAGAUUAAUCUGCCUUUUCUUUUCUUUUCAGAUUUCUCAUUGACUACAGUUUUGGAGAUGGAUGCUUUUUUAUUUAUUUAUUUAUUAGUAGUAAUUUUGGCCUGAGUUAUUAUA